AUGUCUCUAUAUAUCAAGGAAUCCGUCGGUAUCGACGAAUUGACAGUCUCAGGUACUCAAGAACAACCAUUCAAGACUCCAGCAUUCGCCUUAUUUGCUGCUUCACAACAAGAAGGUGUACCAGAACCAAAAUUGUUUGUGUUCAAAGCAGAAGACGCUGAAUUCCAAGAAAUCUCUGCUUCAGCUUUGAAGAAAGCUCGUAAAGGUUGUGAUGGUUUGAAAAAAAAAGCCAUCAAGCAAAAGGAACAAGAAUUGAAGAAACAACAACAAGAUGCUGAUAACGCUGCCAAGCAAAUGGCUGCUUUGAAUAUUAAGAUUGAAGAAGAUAAGUCCUUGCCAGUUGCUAAGAAAUUAAAGAUUAAGCAAACUUACGAACAAGUCGGCCAAAGAGUUAAAGUCUCUGGUUGGAUUCAUAGAUUACGUUCCAACAAGAAAGUCGUGUUCUUAGUCUUAAGAGAUGGUACAGCAUUCUUACAAUGUGUCUUGAGCGGUGAUUUGGCUUUGGCUAAGAGUACUUUGGAUUUGACCAUUGAAUCUACCGUUACGUUAUAUGGUACUGUCAUUGAAGUUCCAGAAGGUAAGACUGCCCCAGGUAACGUCGAAUUAGCAGUUGAUUUCUAUGAAAUUGUCAGUUUGGCUCCAUCAGGUGACGAUUCAUUCACUAACAAGAUUGCUGAAGAUUCUGAUCCAUCCUUAUUAUUAGAUCAACGUCAUUUGGCACUAAGAGGUGAAACCUUAUCUGGUGUUAUGAAAGUUCGUGCUGCUCUAUUGAGAGCCAUUAGACGUGUCUAUGAGGAAGAAGGUCUAUUGGAAGUCACUCCACCAUGUAUGGUUCAAACUCAAGUCGAGGGUGGUUCCACUUUAUUCAAAUUGGAUUAUUACGGUGAAGAAGCUUAUUUGACUCAAAGUUCCCAAUUAUAUUUGGAAACUUGUUUACCUGCAUUAGGUGAUGUUUUCUGUGUUCAAGAAUCUUUCCGUGCUGAAAAAUCUCAUACUAGAAGACAUUUAUCUGAAUAUACUCAUAUUGAAGCUGAAUUAGGCUUCUUAACUUUUGAAGACUUGUUAGAACAUAUUGAAACUUUGAUCGUCAAGAGUGUUCAAUAUGUAAUGGAAGAUCCAGUUGCUGGUGCGAUCGUUAAGGAAUUACAUCCAAACUUCGUUGCUCCAAAGGGUCCCUUCAUGAGAUUAGAAUAUAAAGAUGCCAUCGCUUGGUUACAAGAACAUAACAUCAAGAAUGAAGAAGGUGAAGAUUUCAAAUUCGGUGAUGAUAUUGCUGAAGCUGCUGAAAGAAAAAUGACCGAUACCAUUGGUGUUCCAAUCUUCUUGACUAGAUUCCCUGUGGAAAUCAAAUCAUUCUACAUGAAGCGUUGUGCAGAUGAUCCACGUGUCACCGAAUCUGUCGAUGUUCUAAUGCCAACUGUCGGGGAAAUUACCGGUGGUUCCAUGAGAAUUGAAGACACUGAAGAAUUGAUGGCUGGUUUCAAACGUGAAGGUAUUGAUCCAAAACCUUAUUACUGGUUCAUUGAUCAAAGAAAAUACGGUAGUUGUCCACAUGGUGGUUACGGAUUAGGUACUGAGCGUAUCUUAGCUUGGUUAUGUAACAGAUUCACUGUCAGAGACUGUUCCUUAUACCCACGUUUCAGUGGUAGAUGUAAGCCAUAG